AGGAGCCGGAUCUUUCCGGUAGGAGAGGGUGAGCGAACAAGAUGAAGAAAAUUCGUCGCCUCAGUACCUAAUUAAUGCCGAUGUGUCUGUAUCAUUCUCAUUGAUACAACUCCUCUGUCUUUGCAUUACCCCCAACUCUAACAUCUUUCUCUAUCUUAAGAACAAGAAAAUGCCGGUGCCGCGCGACACUGGAUCCGUUUUUCGACGCUUCGCUCAUUGGCGGCUCUUCCUCCUCCUGGUUGCAGCGGGGAAUGGUGUUGCUUCUAGUCGGCAGAAUGCGGACGUGGCAGGAAGAGCUGCUGCUACACAACUCGAGCAAGCGGAUCGCGAUCGCGUAUUCCUCCCGGCAACAUCAACGCGAGAAGUAGACUCUAACUCCGUUCCUUCGAGCACUAGAGUGGUAGACUCGAACUCCGUUCCUUCAGGCGUAGACGUACACGGAGAACCCUCCGAAAUCAGGAGUAGCGAAGAUCGCCAGGAGAUAGAUGCAGCGAAUGCCGUGUCAGAACUUGCAGCACCUGCCAAGAGCUCCCUCCUAGACGCUGCCCAAGUCCUCGAUGAGGACCCAUAUCCGUUAGCGCGUUCCACCGCUGAUGACGCAUCUACCUCUACAGCAGAGGAUAUUGCAUUGCACGCAGAAGAAGAUGAAAAUGACGAUCCUUCUGACAUCCCUCUCAAUGCCGGCACCUGGUGGCUCUUCGUUUUCAUGGCCGUCGUGUGCGUGGCCACAGCGGGCAUGAUGAGUGGGCUUACUAUGGGUCUCGUUUCCCUAGAUCCGUUUGACAUGGAGCUCCUCAUGCAGACAGAUCCGGAGGAUAUCGAAGACGAUGAAGAGCGAGAGGAAUUGCUGAAGGAGAAGAAAGCGGCGACAGCGAUCUUGCCGCUGGUCAGCGACCAUCAUCGCUUGUUGGUCACUUUACUGCUAGUAAAUGCUAUGGCGGCAGAGAGCUUACCACUAGUGUUGGAUAAGCUGGGAUUGCCGAAAUACGUGACGAUUGCGAUAUCGGUGUUCGGCGUGUUGGUCUUUGGGGAAAUUUUGCCGUCGGCACUUUUUUUAUGGAACAAAGUGUGUGUGACUGUGACACUGUGACAACAUGUUCGCACUAAAAGUCAAGGUAGCUGCUAGUACGAAAAAAGAAUUAGAAUAUCCACAGCAGCGCGAGCAAGCGUAGAUGUCGUGGUAAAAACAGCAGUCACGAAGAUUAAUGUAGUUAGUACUUUGUCAGAUUCAGAUGAUCUCCUUUAUCUAAUCUCCACCGGUCCCCGUCAGCUUGAGAUCGCUGCUUUAUUCGGUUCGAUGGUCGAGGCACUGGAGACUCUAUUGGGGUUAUUGGUGAUACCAAUUGCCAGACUCUUAGACGCCAUACUCGGUAAGGAGCACAAAGGCCGAUACAACAAAGGCGAACUCAAAGCAUUGAUCAUUAGGGCUCUACUACUACUUGAUGGUGAUGAUUUCAAUAGUACUUCAUCUAGUACUUGUUUUUAUACCAACAUCCAGUGGUUAACUAACAGCAAUAUGUGAAGACUCCUGUGACUAGUACUCCGUCGUGUCUGUGCAUGCCAUGUUGCAGGAAGGGCAACGGUGUAUCCUCUUCUAAAGGAAACUUACAACUCCGAGAAAACCCUAGAGGAGGAGAUGCGGCGGCUGGAACAGGUCUUGUACAAGACGAAAUCCGGAUGAUGACGGGAGCCAUGGAACUUAGCAAAAAAACUGUCAUGGACGUACAACUACUUCGUCAAGAACUUGUGUUGCUUUUAGAAACUCCAUGUCAUCCAGAUCCACAUCCAGUUAUCUACUUAGUUACUACUUUCUGUUUGAGAUUAUAACUUAGAUGGACCUGAGAUACUACAUACAGUGCCCAUUGUAGUUCUAAAAAAACAAUAUCUCUUCCACAGGUAAUGGUUCCCCUCUCGGAUGUGUAUAUGUUGUGUCAAUCAACCGAGCUGAACAUGGAAACGAUGGCGACAAUAGUCGGAAAGGGACACUCACGUCUACCGAUUUACAACAGUCAUCCCCAUGACAUUAGGGGCUUCCUCAUGGUCAAGAACCUGAUCGUCGUGAAUCCUGAGGUAUAGUUUUUUUCUUGGAUAGAUGAAAGUGUAUCGUCACCGCGUGCUUACCCUCUAACAGGAAGAGUAAACUUGAUAUGUUGUUCAUUUUACGGGACUUAAUUUCGCUAGAACGUUAAAAUUAAGUAGGCUAGAACAGGGAACUUCGUGCUUUUAACCCCCGUAAUCAAUAUUUAUGAGGCUUUUUCUAGGUGAUUCGCUUUUCCCUCGUGCUGUAUGUCAGCGUCUCUGUAGCUCAGUCGGAAGAGCACCCAACCACAAUCGGUCGCUCGCCCUAGAGGCAGCAGACCACCGUCUAGGAUUUCAGCUCUCUGAAACCAGGAAAAACAGUCGGGAUGCCGCGGGUUCGAUUCCCGCCGGAGUCGCUAUUUCCUGGGCCGCGCCGAAGGCCGCAACUUCGGAAGGCUGUGCCGUGGGGCCACGACGCGUGUCCGCUUUCCCUCCAUCUUCCAGAUCCAUCCCCAACGAUGGAUCUGGAAGAUGGAGGGAAAGCGGACGUUCCCCCUCCUAGCGGAAUGUCGAAGGCUGUGUCCUCGUGGGACGCGUGUCCGCUUUCCCUCCAUCUUCCAGAUCCAUCCCCAACGUGGGGCCACGACGCGUGUCCGCUUUCCCUCUCCAUCUUCCAGAUCCCCAACGACGAUAGCCUCCUGUUCCCCCUCCCCUUCUUCUUCCCACCAACGAUCUUCCCCCUCCUCCUGAUGACAGAAACGACUCAUCCACAACAGGACAAGCGGAAGGUCGAAGGCUUUGGUCUACGGAAACCCCUUGUGGUCACCCUCGAUGAUCCGUUGCUGGAUUUGCUCACGGAAUUCCAGAAGGGCAAAUCUCACAUGGCUUUGGUUACGAAUCGACCAGACCUAGUCAAGCGAGCGUGGGCGACCGACAAGCAGAUACCUGUGAAUGUGCACAUGUUACGGCAAUGUCUCCUAGUAGUACUAGUCCUGUAGCUGAAGUUCUUGUGCUUAGGCAUAGGGGGCUUAGUUGAUGUAGGGAACAAGCCGUUUGUGAUUCAAGUUGUGCUUAGCCAUAGGCUUAGUUGAUGUAGGGAACAAGCCGUUUCUGAUUGGUGUUUAGCAUCACCUGUAAUCUUCAGCGUCAAAAAUAUGGUGGAAUCCAACCUCCUCCUCCUCCAGAAAUUUUACAAACGACUCCCUCGAUCUUGUCGUGCUUGUCUUCGACUUCCUCUAACUCUCGCUGGCAUCGUCACCUUAGAAGACGUCAUCGAGAAUUUGAUUCAAGAGGACAUCAAAGACGAAUCUGGCGUUGGAGAAGCCGGCGUCCGAGAACAGUUGCGAUGGCUCAUUUUCAAAGCCAAACGCGUCGAGCGGAUCAAGGAGAUCACGUCGUUGGCGAAGAAACUCUUCUCGCGUCAACUGAUGGCAAGACAGCGUCGUUUGUCAACUAGUUCCGGCGUCUUCUCGCAUGAAGCAUCACCCUGGUCCGCGACGUCAGGCAUGCCACAAGGAGCUCCUUAUUCCACAGGACCUGCGGAAUACGUACCGCCACCAUCCUCUGCUGGAGGGAGUACAAUCGGAGGAGGUACAAUGCGCUCCAACAUGGGCAGCGGUGGGGGACAUCAUCAAUCAGCUGGGAUAUUGUUGAAUUAAGGCUUACCUUCGUUAUUAAUUGAAUUAACUUAACUCAUGUUGAGUACACACGAGCAUCUCUGACAUAGAGAUGCUUAUAUCAAGGAAAAAGUAGUUGAAGAUAUUACCUAAGUACGCUUUACCUUUGUUUAAGAUACUAAAAUAUUAAAAUGGGUUGUAAGCUCUAAUUAAAGCAGAGACAGGCAGCAGCGAGAGCGACCUAUAUAGAACAUCAACAAGCUGACAGAUCUGACAGAGCAGCGCAUGCGCAUUUGCAAAGCCAAAUGGCCUCGAGCAAUUUCCCACCACAGCUGACGCAAGCGCUUUUGCAGACACGAAGCAAGUUGGCGGCUGAACAUCAUUAAGGACAGGAAAAUGUUGAACUUGUACUUGCACUCUUUACGGGCCUUCUUGAACUACUUGGGAAAUUUGUCUGAUGAAACAUCUCGCUUCUAGUGAGUUUCAACACCAAAUAAAACAUUUCAAAAUUAUGAGUUGUUGAUAAAGUAUAUUAAUAUAGGGAAAAUCAAAAAAAUGAAAAAUCAGUACCUGUACCUGUACCUUCUAAUCUGAGCAGCACAGAGCAACGCUUGCAUCGCCUUCGCCUGUGGCGGUGACGCCACCGCUCCAGCACACUCCUAACCCAGCAGCCUCGGAACAAAACACCCCUACGAGAACGGUAACGACAGCACCUCUGGGAGGUCCUACCUCUGGUGGCGCAGCAUCUUCGGUCUCAAAACAAGGCAGACAAACGACCACGGCUUCUACGGGUAGAGAGACCAAGGUUGUAGUCGUUCCGCCGUUGCCAGUACCGACAUCUGCCGUCGCAGCUGCAAGUACUGGUACCACGAACAAGCAAGGAGGCGACGUCGGGGGGACAGAACUAGUGCCCACUCCAGAGAGGCGGGGAUUGGCAGUGCCACAUCUAGCGGCACUUCCUCCUGAUCGUACACCGGCGCCUGGCUCUGGUCCUCCUGGCAAAAGAGUUUAACUCUUGUCGGAGGACUCAGACGCACGCUUGUGGCAUUUGGACGUAUGUUGCCAUUUCCUCCUGUUCCCGUAAUCUUACAGACACGCAUAUUGUAGUUCUUAUCCGAACAAAAAAAUUUCCGCUUCCUCAUUCUAGUUUGAAUAACCGAUUUCAAGUUAGAAGUUUAAUUCCUUUAUUGCGUUUGCAAUUGCAUACAAUUACCUCCUCUCGCUCCUGUGGUAACACCUACAGUUAGCAUCAGGUACUAGACCAUGCUCGGUCUUCUCGUUAAGUCAGUGUCUACCUUGUCGUUGCAGCUGGUAGUUCUCUUUACAACCUUGCUCACAGAUCUCAAGGCGAUGCAUAGGCAAGGGGUAGUGCCAAACAAUUUGGUUCUUGUGCAACAACAUCUCGUCAAGCGAACAUGCCUUUCGACUGAACAAGCCCAGUACAUGAAAUUUAGAGACGAAACUAUGCUAAUAAUCUUUUGUCAUUGAUAAAAGACGGAAGCCUUUCCUUGGAACGGAUCGAUGACUUUUCGCAACGGC